CUGUGCUAUAGACUGUGACGAAGAAGUUUCGACCACCGCCGUUGGCUACCCUGCAAGCUGAGUUGGAACUUGACAGUAAAACAAGUGAACGUGGAGAAUUCGCGCGGUGGGUUUUGUGAAUUUAUGAGUUGGAAAUAUUUAUAUUGUUAUUGAAGAAAUGACGUGUGUUGGUAAGAUGUACCGUUCAGCAUUUCUACUUCUGGUUAUCAGUGUAGCUCUGGCCAUUCCAAAACCAGAAGACAAAGAAAAAAAAGACAGAGUCUUGAACAAUGAUCUGAGUGAUCAGGAACAUUACCAGAAUGCAGAGCAUAAUACCCAGUAUGACCAUGAAGCAUUCUUGGGAGAAGAGGCAAAGACAUUUGAUCAGCUGUCACCUGAAGAAAGCAAAAGGAGAUUGGGUUUAAUAGUGGACAAGAUUGACAAAGAUAAGGAUGGUUUUAUCUCUCAAGAAGAACUUAAGGAAUGGAUACAAUUCACUCAGAGGCGAUAUAUUGUUGAUGAUGUUGAACGGCAGUGGAAGACUCACAAUCCAGACAAUAAAGAUAAAAUUACAUGGGAAGAAUACAAGAAGAUGGUUUAUGGUUUUAUGGAUGACAUGGACCCAUCAGAGUUGGAAAAAGAGGGUGAGGGAUUCUCCUACCAAAACAUGUUGCGUCGUGACCAAAGGAGAUGGGAUGUGGCAGAUGUAGAUGGUGACCGUGCUCUUACAAAGGAAGAGUUCACUGGUUUCUUGCACCCAGAAGAAACAGGACAUAUGAGAGAUAUUGUUGUAGUUGAAACCAUGGAGGACAUUGACAAGGACAAAGAUGGAAAGAUCUCCUUGUCUGAAUACAUUGGCGAUAUGUAUAGAGGAUCAGAAGGAGAAGAGGAGCCAGAAUGGGUGAAAAAUGAACGAGAACAAUUUUCCCAGUACAGAGACAAGGAUGGGGAUGGAUUUAUGGACAAGGAAGAGGUGAAGAACUGGAUAAUUCCACCUGACUUUGAUCAUGCAGAAGCUGAAGCAAGACAUCUAAUCUAUGAGUCAGAUUCUGAUGCAGACCAAAAACUGACCAAAGAAGAAGUACUUAACAAAUACGAUUUAUUUGUUGGCUCACAGGCUACAGAUUUUGGUGAAGCUCUUGCGAGACAUGAUGAAUUUUAAUUUAUAUUUCUUAUUUGCUUUUAGCUUAAAAAUUUACAUUUCUAGAUGAGAAUAUGCUGUCAGAAAUGUAUUUUCCUAACCAAGCAAAUAUGUGGAUGAGCCUGGAAUUUGUGUUGUUCUGUGAAGUACUAAAAAUUGUGCUUUUCAGAAAGAAGUCAUUUGUUUAGUACUUAGUUAAAAUAGUUCAUUUCUUAAUUAACAUUUAUAGACUUUGAAAAUCAGCAUUUACUGAGUACUCCUGAGUGAAUUAUAAAAUCAUUGCAAGGCAUACCUCAUUUUUAAUGUGCAGGCUUGCCUUGAAAUAUUUCAGGUUGAGAAGAAAUUGCUGUACAGAUUGUACUGUACUGCUAACAGGUCCUAAGAUGUCUGUAUUUGAAUCUCAAUUUGGUGUGUGGAUUGUUACAAACUGGAAAAAAUAUUGUGAAGCAAGAAUUGGAAAAUCUUUCUCUAAUAAUGUUGAUAAAAUUGUAAAAUUGAAACAAAUUAUUUACAGGACAGGUGAAUCUCAUGUUAGUAAGUGUAUUAUUCAUUUAUAAAAUAAUACAAUUUUGUAAGCCCUUUACAGAAGGAAACUCAUUAAAGUUGUGGCAGAAAGUAUGAUUGUAGCAAACGAAAUUCCAUGUGACUGAACAAUAACAAGUACAUGCAUUUACAUGAAAGUAUUCUGAACUUCGUCUUAGUGCCUUGUCUUCCAUUUUAAAAGCUUGUUAUAAUGUUAGUCAUAUUGACUGAACUGAUGACUCUAGUGUUUGGUAGCUAUGAAACAAUGCACUACAAAUCAUAAAUACAACUUCAGGUGUGUUGUUUUAUUUAGCCAUCCAUCAUUCUUGCACUAUAUGUUCAUUAUCGUAUGAAAGUGAUUCUCCUUUAAUUGUAUGUAAGAAACCAAAAAUUGUCCAGAAAAUUACUCAUCAAAUCUUUUUAUGAUAACCAAUCAUAGAAUAUUAAAAAAAAGUUAAAAUUUGUAUACUUUGUAAGGGCAGUAUAUUGGGAUGCAUUCACAUGACAUUGGUGGCUACUGUUUUAGUGCAAUUAUUGCCUUUCCAAUUAAGGAAAGGAUGUAGGUGGUAAUUUACUAUAGUGAGAGAAUGGUUGACACUGGGAAUGAGAUUUGCUGUUGGCAAAAGUGCAGUAGUUGCAGGUUCAUUCUCAAAGUUAUAUUACUUUAAAUAUUUCAAAGCAGAGACAGAGUAAAAGUAAAAUGUUUGGAAUCCAAACUGACUGGUCUGCAUUACCAAUGUCAAAAUUGGUUGUUGCUCUCCUGUGUGUAAACUGUUAUGAAAAGUGAAGUAUAUUUCAUGUCUCUUGUGUAAAGGUUAGCGAUGUGGUAGCUUUAUGUAAUUUAGAUCAACUUUUACCAGAUUUGUGAGAGGCUGGUUUAGUUGUCAAUUUACUUAAAAUUCACACUUGUUAGCCGCUGAUAAGUGUUUGAUUCUGUACAACAUUACAACAAUUUAAAAUAUCCAUUUUUUAAGCAAAAAACUUGUGUAACUUUAACUUCAGGUUCAUAUUUAUUUGUUAAGAUAUGUUUGUGCCAAAGCUUACAAAUAGAGAAAGUGGAAGAGGAAGUAUGAAUGUUAUAUUGGUGCUGUGUAUAAUAUAUUUAUAGUUUAAUUAAUUACUGUUUUCUACUUUUUUAUUUCUCUUUUUAUAUGUUAUGUAUCUUGUGCUAAAGAUAUUGUAUAAUUUGUGCUUUAAAUUUCAUUUUAUUUGGAAAUAAGAUUUCCUGUAUUACUGCCAUUAAUGUAACAGAUAUAAUUACAGGAAAAUACUUACUAUUUUUA